CCGCCGAGGCCGCCACGCGGGCCAAAGCCGCCGCCAGCGGCGUCAAUCGGAGGACCACGGUGUCUUAUGUGAUCAACGAGGAGAGCCCGGGGCUCCUGCAGACGGCGGAGAGCGGGGCCUUGCAGAGCCUGAAGGAGGCGUGCGAGGCGGUGGGCGCCUGCCUGGAGACGCUGCACUUCGGCAAGCUGGACUUCGGGGAGACGGCGGUGCUGGACCGCUUCUACAACGCGGAUAUUGCCGUGGUGGAGAUGAGCGAUGCUUUCCGUCAGCCCUCCCUUUUUUAUCACCUGGGAGUCCGAGAGAGCUUCAGCAUGGCCAACAACAUUAUCCUCUACUGUGAUACAAAUGCAGACUCCCUGCAGUCUCUGAAGGAAAUUAUUUGCCAGAAGAAUAAUAUGUGUACUGGAAACUACAUAUUUGUUCCAUAUAUGAUAACUCCCCAUAAUAAAGUAUAUUGCUGUGACAGCAGUUUUAUGAAGGGAUUAACGGAGCUAAUGCAGCCCAACUUUGAAUUGUUGCUUGGUCCAAUAUGCUUACCUUUGGUUGAUCGUUUUAUUCAGCUCCUGAAGGCGGCACAGGGCAGUUCAAGCCAAUACUUCAGGGAAUCAAUUCUUAACGAUAUCAGAAAGGCUCGUAACUUGUACACGGGAAAAGAACUAGCUGCAGAACUCGCAAGAAUACGGCAGCGAGUGGAUAAUAUCGAGCUUCUGUCUGCUGACAUUGUGAUAAACUUGUUGUUAUCUUACAGAGAUAUUCAGGAUUAUGAUUCUAUCGUGAAACUGGUAGAAGCAUUAGAAAAACUUCCGACCUUUGAUUUGGCUAUGCAUGAUCAUGUGAAGUUUCAUUAUGCAUUUGCACUGAACAGACGAAAUCUACCUGGAGAUAGGCAGAAAGCACUAGACAUUAUGAUACCUCUAGUGGAGCAUGAGACUCAAGUGGCUUCAGAUAUGUACUGCCUCGUGGGACGAAUCUACAAAGAUAUAUUUCUGGAUUCUGGAUUUACAGACAUAGAAAGUAGAGACCAAGGGACCUUGUGGUUCAAGAAGGCAUUUGAGUCAGAACCAACAUUACAGUCAGGAAUUAAUUAUGCAGUACUACUCUUGGCUGCUGGGCACCAGUUUGAUACAUCUUUUGAGCUGCGGAAAGUUGGAGUGAAGAUAAGCAGCCUGCUUGGGAAAAAAGGAAACCUGGAGAAACUGCAGAGUUACUGGGAAGUAGGCUUUUUCCUAGGAGCGAGUGUCCUGGCAAAUGAUCACACAAGAGUGAUUCAGGCUUCAGAAAAACUUUUCAAACUAAAGACACCAGCAUGGUAUCUCAAGUCUAUUGUGGAGACUAUUUUGAUAUAUCAGCAUUUUAAGAAACUGAAUCCAGAGCAGCAAAUUGCCAAACAUGAACUUGUGGACUUUUGGAUGGACUUUUUAGUUGAGGCGACAAAGACAGAUGUUUCUGUAGUUAGAUUUCCUGUUUUAAUAUUGGAGCCUACAAAAAUUUACCAGCCUUCAUACCUGUCCAUCAAUAGUGAAGCUGAAGAAAAGACAAUCUCCAUCUGGCAUGUUAUGCCUGAUGAUAAGAAAGGCAUUCAUGAAUGGAACUUCAGUGCUGAUUCUAUAAGAGGAGUAAGCAUUUCAAAAUUUGAAGAACGAUGCUGUUUCCUAUAUGUAUUGCACAAUUCAGAUGACUUUCAAAUAUAUUUCUGUACAGAACACCACUGCAAAAAAUUUUUUGAAAUGGUUAAUAGUAUCACUGAGGAAAAAGGGAAAAAUACAGAAGAAGGUGAAUGUGAGGGAGACUCCCUGGAGUAUGACUAUGAAUACGAUGAAAAUGGAGAGCGAGUCAUUUUGGGGAAAGGCACUUACGGCAUAGUUUAUGCUGGACGAGAUCUGAGCAAUCAAGUCAGAAUUGCCAUUAAAGAAAUCCCAGAAAGAGACAGCAGAUACUCCCAGCCUCUACAUGAAGAAAUAGCUUUACAUAAGCACCUGAAACACAAGAACAUUGUCCAGUAUCUUGGUUCAUUUAGUGAAGAUGGAUUCAUCAAAAUAUUCAUGGAACAAGUACCUGGAGGUAGCCUUUCAGCUCUUCUGAGAUCAAAAUGGGGACCACUAAAAGAUAAUGAACAGACUAUUGGCUUUUAUACCAAACAGAUUCUUGAAGGAUUGAAAUACCUCCAUGAUAAUCAAAUAGUACAUCGUGACAUUAAGGGUGACAAUGUACUCAUCAACACGUACAGUGGCGUGCUGAAGAUUUCAGACUUUGGAACAUCAAAGAGGCUGGCUGGGAUAAAUCCAUGCACUGAAACAUUCACAGGUACUCUUCAGUAUAUGGCACCAGAAAUAAUUGAUAAAGGACCAAGAGGUUAUGGGAAACCUGCAGAUAUCUGGUCUUUAGGCUGCACAAUUAUUGAAAUGGCUACUGGGAAGCCACCAUUUUAUGAACUAGGCGAGCCGCAGGCAGCAAUGUUCAAGGUUGGCAUGUUCAAGAUACACCCUGAGAUCCCUGAAUCCAUGUCUGUAGAAGCAAAGGCCUUUCUGUUACGUUGCUUUGAACCUGAUCCAGACAGACGAGCCUGUGCUAAUGAGCUUCUUGUGGAUGAAUUCCUAAAGGUCACAAGCAAGAAAAAGAAAAGCCAAACCAAGCUUGCAGCUCUGUCAGUCGGAUCAAAUGAAUAUCUUCGAAGUAUAUCUUUGCCUGUUCCUGUUCUUGUAGAAGAUACAAGUAGUAGCAGUGAAUAUGGGUCCGUUUCACCUGACACAGAAUUAAAGCUUGACCCAUUUUCUUUUAAAAUGAGGGCCAAAUCCUGUGGAGAAAAAGAUGCCAAAGGACUUAGGUCCCUUUUUCUAAGCAUUCCAGAUGAGAAUUUUGAGGACCACAGUGCUCCUCCUUCACCGGAUGAGAAGGAUUCUGGCUUCUUCUUGCUUAAAAAGGACAGCGAGCGAAGAGCCACCCUCCAUAGAAUCCUAACCGAGGACCAAGAAAAGGUGGUGAGGAAUUUGAUGGAAGCCUUAGCGCAGGGAACCGAAGAACCUAAACUGAAAUACGAACACAUCACCACUUUAGUUGCCAGUCUCAGAGAAUUUGUAAGAUCAACUGAUCGCAAAAUGAUUGCAAACACACUUUCAAAGCUGAAACUGGAGCUGGACUUUGACAGUCAUGGCAUCAGUCAAGUUCAGUUGGUACUCUUCGGUUUCCAAGAUGCAGUGAAUAAAGUUCUAAGAACUCACAAUAUCAAACCACACUGGAUGUUUGCACUGGACAGCAUAAUUCGCAAAGCAGUGCAGACAGCUAUUACUAUUAUGGUUCCAGAACUGAGGACACACUUCAGUAUAGCAUCUGAGAGUGACACAGCAGAUCAGUGUGAGGACAUUGAAGGUGAAGAGGAACAUGAAGAACAGUCUUCAAACCCAGUUGUUCAGAGGCCUUGCCUCAUGUUAGAUGAUGCUAUAGCUACCUCAGGUGUAAGCACACUCAGUUCUACUGUAUCUCACGAUUCCCAGGCUGCCCAAAGAUCCCUCAAUGUUCAACUUGGAAGGCUCAAAUUGGAAACCAACAGACUUCUAGAAGAGCUAGUGCAAAAGGAGAGAGAAUUUCAAGCCCUGUUGCAUCACGCCAUAGAAGAAAAGGAACAGGAGAUCAAAAAUCUGAAGCUUAGGACUCAACCAAUAGAUAUUCCUGGCACGUCUCCCUCUCAUUUUAGCAAUGCCGAUGGAAGACUUGGAGAUCAAGAUUUGAUAAAUUGGCUUAGAGCUCAUGGUGCUGAUGAAGAAACCAUAAACAGGUUCUUGGCAGAAGACUACACACUAAUGGAUGUUCUCUGCUAUGUUACACGAGAUGAUCUAAAAUGCCUUAGACUCAGAGGAGGCAUUUUGUGUAGUCUGUGGAAGGCCAUCAGUGACUGUCGAGAGAAGCCUGCCUGCCCUUGAGUAAAGGAAUAUCCUCCAUCUCCAAAGACGGCUGGAGCCUUCCUGCACCGCAGAGCAAGAGUGCUCUCAAAGAGAUGCUGUUGCACUUUAAGCCAGUAUUUACUGUUGUAAAGAUCAGUGCAGCUUUCUGACUGCAUUGAUUGCCAGUAUCCCUGAGAAAAAUGUCUACAACAUUAAAUAGGAUUUUAGAGGGGGGGUUGUUUGUUUGGUGUGUGUGUUUAUACAUAGAGUUCUCCUUUUCUAAAGUCCUGAAACCAAAGUUCCCUCUAAUUCUCCAGAGCUCUAUGCAGAGGCUCCGCCCCCUGCACACGGAGUUCCAGCUGCAAACAGAAGCAAGUGGGCGGAUACACACGCUCGCUUGUCUGUGUGGCUUAGAGGGAAUGUUGCUGUAACAUAUAACAGAACCAAAUGUUGAUAUAACACAAACCUGUUGUAAGAUAUUAUGGAACUGGACAUCACUGAAGAAAAAAAACAGAAAACAAAAUGUGAAACUUUUAAGAUUUUUAAGUGAAGAUGAAUAACCGAAGCCUGAGGUUAGGAUGAUUCCUAGGUCCUUCUGCUGCCACACACCCUGUAAUAUGACAAGGAGAUAACUCAGUUCACCCCAGGGUAGCUUUGGAUGCAAUUCAGAGCUUCCCCAUGGGUAACUGAGUAGGAGGGCUUGGUUCAUGAUGAGACGGAUAAGGGCUCAUGCAUGUUUUUUUGCUCAAGGUCCUUGUUUGUUUUCAAAACCUGGAAGAGAAGUCAUAGUUGAAAUGACUGUGUCGAGCUAAUUGGGUAGCUUUUUCUUCAAGUAUACUGAACACCUCAGUUGAUACUUCUAGCCCUCUCUGAAUGUGUAUAUUAAUUUUAUUUUUAGUAACUUAAAUCCCAUUCCACAAUGCAUUUGUGAAGUUCUUUUUAGUCUUGUUUAUGUGCUACUGAACUGUACCAGUUACAUAUGCCUGAAAUACAUAUAGUAUUGUUAGCUUGUUCUAAAGCUAUUCAUUGUGACAUACAGUCAAUUAAUAAAGAAUAAUGCACAAUUCUAA